AUGUCUGGACACAUAGGCACAAAAAUAAAAGUACUUGGGGGCGAUACGGACAUACACAUUCUUGAUAAAUGUGCUCCAAAGAAAUCAAUAACUUGUCAUUUUCACCAAGAAUGGGAAUUGGACUACUUCUUUACUAUGGUGAAAGAAAACCGUUGCUGCCUAAUAUGCAAUACAUCCCUGGCAUUGGCCAAAAAAGGAAAUUUAGAGCGACAUUUUAACACAAUGCAUAGUAAAUAUCAGACUAACUUUCCACCUAACAGCGAAAUAAGAAAGAGUAAAUUGCAAGCACUGAAAUCGCAAUUAAAAGUCCAAGAAAACAUGUUUUCUGGGCCUAUUGAGCAAAGUAAAGCUGCAACUGAAGCUUCUUUCCAAGUAAGCUACAGAAUUGCACAAAAGUGCAAACCUUUUUCCGAUGGAGAAUACAUCAAAGAAAUCUUCGAAGAAGUGUCAGAUUCGCUGUUCGUGAAUUUCAAAAAUAAAAACGAAAUUAAAAAAGCUGUUUAUGGAUUACAGCUGUCGCGAAAUACUGUAAUACGCCGUAUAGAAAUAAUAAGUAAAAACUUAAACGAACAACUACAAAAAGAUAUCGCCCUCUGCGUUGCUUUUUCGCUUCAGUUUGACGAGUCAACAGAUGUCACUGAUACUGCACAAUUACUUGUUUUUAUUCGGAUGGUCUUCGAAGAUUUCUCGACCAAAGAAGAACUGCUAGGUAUGAUUUCCUUAAAAGGAAAAACUCGUGGCCUUGCUAUAUUCACGGAAUUCAAAGCAUAUAUUUGCCAGAUUAAGCUAUGCAUGUAUAAACUCGUAUCAAUGACAACUGAUGGAGCUCCUGUAAUGACAGAUGAGAAGGAACCAGAAUUGGAAAUGCACACUGACGUGAGGUGGUUGAGUCGAGGCAAGUUUUUGCAAAGAUUUCAAGAUCUAUUGGACGAAAUAAUAAAAUUUCUUGAUGAAAGGGGUGAUGAUUAUCAGCAAUUGCGUGAUUUAGACUGGCAAUGUGAUUUAGCUUUUUUGGCAGAUUUUACUGGAAAACUGAGUACAUUAAAUCUGAAUCUACAAGACAAGAAUAAAACAUUAACAGAAAUGAUGAGUUCCAUUGCAGCGUUUCAAUGUCAAACAGCGUCUAUGAUAGUUGACAUAGAGAAGAAAAAAUUUGAACAAUUUGUUAACAUCAAGGAUCAUAUGGAAAAACAUCCUAACUACAAUUUCAUUUCCAAGAAAUAUAUGACAGAAAUUAGGGCAGUGGUAGCAGACUUCGAAAUUCGCUUUGGUGAUUGCAGAAAAAUUGAGAACUUGGUUCAAUUCAUCAGUUAUCCGUUCAAUGAUUCCAUUGAUCAUAGUGAUAUCUAUGAAUUGGCUACAAAAUUUGCAGAUACAUUUCAAAUGGAGCACAUGAUGUUACAAAACGAAAUUAUUACUCUGCGCUGCGACAUAUUUCUUAAAGCAAGGUCAUCCUCAGGUCAAGAUUUCUGGGCAUUGGUUUCCAAAGAAAAAUAUCCAAAUUUGAAGAAUUGUGUUGAACAACUUCAUUCGUGUUUUGGUUCAACAUAUUUAUGUGAAUCAGCAUUUUCCUACUUAAAGCAAACAAAAAGUAAACACCGUUCUCGCUUGACAGACGCUCAUACAUUGGAUUCUUUAAGGUUGGCAAUCUCCAACUACAAACCUGAUUAUGCUAAACAAGUGGAAGAUACUCAGACGCAAUGCUCACACUAA